UUCAAGCCAUUCUUGCAUCCUGCUAUCGUUAUGGCAAAUGGAUCGAAAAGGAUGAACAUAAGGCAUUCGAAUAUUAUCAAAAAUUCGCCGAGAUGGGUGAUUCUUAUGGUUUAUUUCAAGUUGGC